AUGUGGCCACGCUUUAAGGUUGGAGCCUCCAACUUGGAGGUAUCUCAUGAAGAUGCGCACCGCAUAGAUUUGGACUGGGACUCCACGCAAGAAGAGGCUCCUUCGCAAGAGGAAGGCUCCUUCGCAGAGACGCCUCUAAGUAACGGCAAGUAUAAAGUGCGCAUUAUGAACGCUGGAGACUCCCUACACUGGGCUGGAGAUAUGCCGGGGUCGAAAAAGGAUCUUUCGACGCUCACGGAAACUGACGGGGUCUGUUGGCAGCCACAUCGCCGUGCUGAUAAACAGAAGUGUAUCGCUGUACCGGAGGUGAAGGAGGUCGUUGGUGAGGCUGGCGACCGGGUAGUACUGGCUUGCAUUGGGGUAUUCGAUGUUAUGUCCAAUGAGGAUGUGGCGCGUGAGAUCAUAGGAACUGGCUCAUGGCGGAAGACUUCCGCCGGAAGUGAUUUGGCCGAGAUAGCUUCUGAGAUACUACAGUUCGGAGUGGAAACGAGGGACUUCGGAUUGGAGGAGCAACAGGGAGAGCUUCAGCUGGGUCGGUACUCGUCUGUGCACUCUUCAGCAUUGGAUAUGGCUGAGAAGUACCAGGUGUUCUUUAGUGAGGCAGUGAAGGGUGAUGUUUGUGCUACCCGCUGA